AUGCCCCAACAACAGGAAAGUGGUCUCCCAUCCCUUUUAGUAUCAUUUCAUAAUUUCAAUUUUAAAUUAAAAAGGCAAUUAGAUGGCAUUCUUUUGCAUUAUUGGUAUUAUAAAUUAAUCAUCGUGCUAUCUUUAUCUAGCUAGAAAUACCACUUCCAAGUAAAGUUUAUGUCUUUUGCAUCAUACUAACAAUAAGCCACCAUUAUUUCUUGUACUUCCCUUGAAGAAAACAAAGAGAAUUAAUAGAAACUAAGUGAGAGAAAGAGAUAUAGAGAUAGUUUCACAUGAACAUGGCUUCAUUGCCACUCACAAAACUCGUUCUUCUUUUUAUCAUUAUUUCUGCUUCACUUAUAUCAACUUCAUAUGCAGGUCGGUUCUUGACUAAAAGCUUAGCUGAUGAGGAAUUUGUUGGAACUUAUGAGGUCAAAGAUACGUCUUGGAGACUGUGCAAAAAGAAAUGGAAACUAUAUUUUGAGACGGAGUAUAAUAUUCUGGAAUUAAAAGGCCGGAUUCACUUUGGUAUAUUUGUAGCUAUUGAAGGCUUCAGCAGUAGAAGGAGAUAAUAAGGAAGAGAAUAUCGUUCAUGAAAGGAUGCUAAGGUGGAUGAACACCCAUGAUUAUGGAAGAUAUGAUCCAGCGCCAUCUUUUAGAAGGCCUCGUCACAAACUCAUUCCCAAUUAAUAACCAACUACCAAACGUGCCGUAAGUGUAAGAUAAGCAACAUGCUAAUCAGUAAUCUCAGUGGCUAAGCAGGAUGUUUUGCUUUAACUUUAUAAAGUUGAAGAAAGUUAGCCAGCUAGAGUAACGAUAUAUAUAUAUUUAUGUUCGUGUGUGUUCUCUACCUACAUAUAUAUAUCUAUGUAUAGUAUAUACUAUGUUGUCUUUCGAAUGUAUGAUAAGUACUUAUACUCUCUCCCAUGUAGUGUAUUUUAUAUGUCAUGCAUAUACACAGUGAAUUUCAUUUUAAGCAA